UUCUUAUUUCUUAGAUUCUCGAAUCUACACACUCAAUUUUCUUUUCUGCCAAACAAAUUCACCAUUUUUAGCAGUUAAAUUAAGCCACUUUGAGUAGCCCAUUAGUGUCCUUUCCUCUGUUGUCUGUUUGAUGGGAAAAUCUACUUAUUAAGGGUCGCCUGCUUUGCUCUCUCGCUCUCUCCCUCUCUAAAUUUUUGGGGGUAGGUAGGACCAGCGGGAAUUCAAAAUCCGUGUCUUCAACUUUGGGCUCUUACUGGGGAUCUUAAUUUUGUUGCGAGCGAAAAAUGGUGAUCAUAACGGAAGACAUGAUCAAGCAGUUUCAGACCUUGAUGGAAGCAAUCAAUGAGCCGCUCAAGAACAGCUUCAAGAAUGUGCAUCAGGGAUAUCCAACUGAAACUCUAAUACGGUUUCUCAAAGCCAGGGAAGGGAAUGUUUCCAAAGCCCACAAAAUGCUGGUUGACUGUUUAAACUGGAGGAUACAGAAUGAGAUUGACAACAUAUUGUCAAAACCAAUUGGUCCUACUGAUUUGUACAGAGCAGUGCGUGAUUCACAGCUUGUAGGAAUGUCGGGUUAUUCAAAAGAGGGUCUCCCAGUCAUUGCUGUUGGUGUAGGGCUCAAUACGUUUGAUAAAGCAUCUGUUCAUUGUUACGUUCAGUCUCACAUCCAAAUGAAUGAAUAUAGGGAUCGUGUUAUAUUGCCAUCUGCAACGAAGAAGUUUGGACGGCAUAUUAGUACCUGCAUAAAGGUUCUGGAUAUGACUGGUCUGAAGCUUUCGGCACUAAACCACAUCAAGCUGUUGACUGUGAUAUCAACCAUUGAUGACUUAAACUAUCCUGAGAAGACAGAGACAUAUUACAUUGUUAAUGCACCUUACAUAUUUUCAGCAUGCUGGAAGGUAGUGAGGCCUCUUUUACAAGAAAGAACAAGGAAGAAAGUUCAGGUGCUACCAGGUUGCGGGAGGGAUGAUUUGUUGAAGAUAAUGGAUUAUGCAUCUCUUCCACAUUUUUGCAAAAGAGAAGAUUCGGGAUCGUCUAGGCAUUCUAGAAAUGGAACCACAGAUAAUUGUUUCUCCUUGGAUCAUGACUUCCAUCAGCAGCUGUAUAAUUACAUCAAGGUUCAAGCCGGAGCCAUGGAGACACUGAUCAAAGAAGGGUCCUUCCAUGUAGAUUUUCCUGAGCCUGACCCUGAAGGCGCUAAAAUUGCUGAAACCAUAGAGUCCGAGAUUCAAAAGCUCGGGGAUCAGAAUGGGCUCUGCAAGUCAAUGUGCGAGUGUAAAAUAAAUGGCGAUUGAAUGUUCAAGGAGAGCGGCCAUUUUCAAAUGGCUAUAGCUGCUGCGGGCUGAUAGUGGAGUGCCAAAACAGAAGGCCAGCAGUGGAUCCUGCUGGGACUAGGGGCAUUUCUUUUAUUUAGUAAUAGCAAUUCCUUGCGUCAGCUCAAUGCAGAUUUGGUAUCAAAGCUAAUUACUAAUAUCUUUAACAGCACCACCUUAUCGACGGAUAAAUCAUGUUGUUGAUAGCAAUUGUAGGAAUCGGAAAUGCAAUGGCAAGUUCCCUUUCUAGCCAA